UCAUUGUGUUCUGUUCCAGCAAACGCAAACGCAGAAACAUAAUCAGAAGUGCAGUAGCGUGUGGUCGUUUGGGGAAGAAGAGGAAGAGAACAAUGGCGAAUCAGGGCGCUAAGAAACGCAAGGAAGAGAAUGCUCGUCACAUGGCUAGGCUACGCCAAGUCAUCAUCGCCUGCAACGUUAUCUAUGUGUUGCUAAGAAUGUUGGUGUUUCAUUCGAGUUUCACCUGGAAGCACUGGAUUGGGUUGAUUUUGACUUCUUUGGCAUAUGUUAUUCCCUAUCAACAGCUCGCAAGGAUGGCAACUCCUGCUUACGCUGAAGAUGGUGAACUUUUAGAUGGUGGGUUUGAUAUGUCUACCGGUGGAGUUUGUGGAUAUUUACACGAUGUUAUCUACAUAACAUGUUUUGUGCAAGUCAUGUCCAUUAUCUCUGGAAAGUUCUGGUAUACAUAUCUUGUGAUCCCGGCUUUUGGAGCAUACAAGUCCUUUGGCUUCAUUAAAGGAUUUUUGCCACAAGGUUCAGAGGAAUCAUUUGAAGAUGAAAAGACCCGCAAGAAGAGGGAAAAGAUGGAGAAGAAGGCAUCGAGACCCAAGUUUGUCAAGACAAGAACUAGAUAGUUUGUUUCAGUGUACGCACCCAGUUACUAUAACCCAAUAUUGAUGGAGAUAGCCCUGAAACUUCCAACCUUAUUGGGAGAACAUGCUGCACAAAGUCUGAGUUGUAUUUCAUGUAUAACAUUAUUUUCCGCUUUUAUACCCUCCAAGAACAUGUAAUUUUACACAGUUUAGAAGAAGUAUUUGGAAAAGCUAACCUUUGUGGGAUAUUGAGAUUAAGAGUUGUCAAUUUCGGGAUUCAUCAUAUUUAUCAAACGUCUCAACAUUUUCUAAA